AUGCCUGUUCAAGUCGGAAUCAACGGCUUUGGCCGUAUUGGCAGAAUUGUCUACCGAAAUGCUCUCGAGCACGAUGAUGUCCAUGUUGUGGCCGUCAACGACCCCUUCAUUGAGCCCAAGUACGCCGCAUACAUGUUGAAGUACGACAGCACACACGGUCAGUUCAAGGGCACCAUCGAAGUCAAGUCCGACUCCUUGGUUGUCAACGGCAAGGAGGUCAAGUUCUACAUGAAGAGAGAUCCUGCCGAGAUCCCGUGGUCCGAGACUGGCGCAGAGUACAUUGUCGAGUCCACUGGUGUCUUCACCACCACUGAGAAGGCCUCUGCCCACUUGAAGGGUGGUGCUAAGAAGGUUGUCAUCUCGGCUCCUUCUGCUGAUGCCCCAAUGUUCGUCAUGGGUGUCAACAACAAGGAGUACAAGCCCGAUAUUCCCGUCAUCUCCAACGCCUCUUGCACAACCAACUGCCUUGCUCCUCUGGCCAAGGUCAUCAACGACAACUUUGGCAUGAAGGAAGGUCUCAUGACCACCAUCCACUCCUACACUGCCACCCAGAAGACCGUCGACGGCCCUUCUGCCAAGGACUGGAGAGGAGGUCGAACGGCUGCUCAGAACAUCAUUCCCAGCAGCACCGGUGCAGCCAAGGCUGUCGGCAAGGUCAUCCCAUCCCUGAACGGAAAGCUUACCGGCAUGUCCAUGCGUGUUCCCACCUCCAACGUCUCCGUUGUUGAUCUUACCUGCGUCCUGGAGAAGCCUGCCUCCUAUGAGGAGAUCAAGAAGGCCAUCAAGGCUGCCUCGGAAGGAGAACUCAAGGGCAUUCUCGGUUACACCGAGGAUGACAUUGUCUCUACCGACUUGAACGGAGACCCUCACUCGUCGAUCUUCGAUGUCAAGGCCGGUAUCGCCCUCAACGACCACUUCGUCAAGCUCGUCUCCUGGUACGACAACGAGUGGGGUUACUCCCGACGUGUUCUGGACCUUUUGGCAUACAUUGCCAAGGUCGACGCGGGCAAGUAA